AUGGCGGAGGGCAGGCAGAAUCCCUUCACUCACACUGGUCGGGUGUGCCAUUGCGCUCCAGGUCUGCACAACCUUCAGUCACGCCUGGACCCCAUCUUAUUUACAAACCACGCGAGCCCCCUGUCCUGCUCCCGCCCAAAGCGUAGCGUCCUGACCCAGCGUUCCAGACGCAGCCCGACCGCCCGCGCCGCACGCCUCCCCUUUCGCGCGGGUGACUCAACCCGGGGAAAGAGAAACCUCUCGGUUUUUUCCGACCUGUCCAGGGGCGCGCGUCCCGCCCCGCCCACCACCGUAGCCCCCGCCCGCCUGAAGUUGUCCUUCUGGUUUGCGCCCGGGAAAGCGCCGGCGUGGCUCCCCGGGGUGUGGCCAGAGGACUUCGGCGACGCCUUGCCAAAGGGCGGCCCCCUCCCCAACCCGGAAGACAGACCCCGCGCGGCCGCGGCGAGCCGGGCAUGCUCACUGGCGCGGGCCGGCCCGCAGCCGGGGCAGGAGAGGCCCUCGCUAGGCGGCCCCCAGCGCUGCCAGCUGGACUCGGGCGGAGCCAGCGCCCCAGCGCAGGCCACCAUCUCGGCUGCGGGCCCCGGCUCGUCCGCGGUGCCCGCCGCGGCGGCGGUGAUCUCGGGCCCCGGCGGCGGUGGCGGGGCUGGCCCAGUGUCCCCGCAGCACCACGAGCUGACCUCGCUCUUCGAGUGCCCGGUCUGCUUUGACUAUGUCCUGCCCCCCAUCCUGCAGUGCCAGGCCGGGCACCUGGUGUGUAACCAAUGCCGCCAGAAGUUGAGCUGCUGCCCGACGUGCAGGGGCGCCCUGACGCCCAGCAUCAGGAACCUGGCUAUGGAGAAGGUGGCCUCGGCAGUUCUGUUUCCUUGCAAGUACGCCACCACGGGCUGCUCCCUGACGCUGCACCACACGGAGAAGCCAGAACACGAAGACAUCUGUGAAUACCGUCCUUACUCCUGCCCUUGUCCCGGUGCUUCCUGCAAGUGGCAGGGGUCUUUGGAGGCGGUGAUGUCCCAUCUCAUGCAUGCCCACAAAAGCAUUACCACCCUCCAGGGAGAAGACAUCGUCUUUCUAGCUACAGACAUUAACCUGCCGGGGGCUGUCGACUGGGUGAUGAUGCAGUCCUGCUUUGGCCAUCACUUCAUGCUGGUGCUGGAGAAACAAGAGAAGUACGAAGGCCACCAGCAGUUCUUCGCCAUCGUGCUGCUCAUUGGCACCCGCAAGCAAGCCGAGAACUUUGCCUACAGACUGGAGUUGAAUGGAAACCGGCGGAGACUGACCUGGGAGGCCACGCCCCGGUCCAUCCACGACGGGGUGGCCGCAGCCAUCAUGAACAGCGACUGCCUUGUUUUUGACACAGCCAUAGCACAUCUGUUUGCAGAUAACGGCAACCUUGGAAUCAACGUGACCAUUUCUACAUGUUGUCCAUGAGGCACCGAGGUUAUCUGGGCACAGUGCUCUGUGGUUAAUAAAGGUUUUUAUAGAUGUUUUAUUCACUGUGUCUUCACAAGCCAAGACCCACAGUUACCCCCGUGUUCUGUUGGAACAGCAACUUCCCAUCUGGCAUUGGCCCAGCAAAGUUCACUACAUGGGAACGAAUGGGGUUGGCCUGGUAGUCAUUUGGAGUCUGUUCUAUGAUCUGAAAUCAACUUUAUUAUGAAAUUUUAUCUACUUCCUGAACAGCACUUGACAGGUUGCUCAGGGCUCCUGUAGACCAGUAUGUUAGGAAUUGGAGGCUCCUUCCCGCCUGACUCCCUAUAUUGGUCUCUCCAAGUUGACUAAAGCACAGUGACUGUCGAUAGAUUCCUUAACCUUAACUUUUUCUUUGUAGGGAGUAGGAAUUGUUUUAAUGAGUUUUAAACAGUGUUUCUCAAACUGGAUGGCUAAUGGCUAAUCCACAUGCAUAGAGUCACCUGUAGUACUCACCUUAAACAUGCAGAUUUGUGGAGCCUGUGAAUUUAUAACAAUCUCACCAGGUGAUUCUGUCCAACAAUAAAGUUUGAGAAUUACUGAGUUAAAUUGUAGAAAGGGUCCAGACUUUAAAGGUGCUUUAUGAUUGCCCUCUACUGAUACUCUUUGUCCUUCUACUCUUUCAUUCCCUCCCCACCCUAACCUACCACUCCCAACUGAAGGCCAGAACUGAAAUCCCCAUGAACACACUCCUGAGAUCUGGUCACUCUCUUGUGUUUGGGGUGGAUUGUCUAGGAAAGCGAAUGGUAUGGCCAUUGAUAGUUCUCACAUAAGUAGGUUUUGCUCAUGACUAGUACAGAUGACCUGUUUACACGUGACUUCCCUCGGAGGCCAUCCUUGACUGCAGCUGGUGGGAAAGACUAGAUCAGUAGAGUUGUUAAAGCUUUAUAACCAGUGUCAUAUGCUUGCUAUUUAAAGGUAUGUGUUGGGUUGUUGUUGUUUUUUGCCACAUUCACUUUAGUUUUUUAAUAAAUAUUUUCCAAAAAUGAA